AGAUGGGUCCAGAAGGUAUGGUUCACCUUGUCGUUCUCCCCAGGUGGGGCCCAGGCCAGGGCUGCCAUGGAUACAGUGUCCCUGGAGCAUCAGAUCCAGAGCGUGCAACGCCACAUCAGCUUCCUGAAAAAGGAGCAGAUGGCCCUGCUGAGGGACCUGCACCUGGAAAUCCUGAGGCUGCAGAAACGCUGCUCAGAACUGACCCAUGACUUGGAGAUGAGAGAUGCCCAAUCUCAUCAGCAAGAGGCGGCGACCCGGGAGCUGGAGAGCAAGUGCCGCGAGCUGGAGGCGCAGCUGGAGGCGCGGACGGCGGCCAACGCGGAGCUGCGGCGGGAGGUGGCGCAGCGGGAGGCGCUGGUGUCGGCGCUGCGCUGCAGCCUGCGCGCCGAGGAGCGCCGCUUCCUGGAGGAGCUGCGCCGCCGCAGCCACCGCGCCACCGUGCUGGGCACCGAGCUGCAGAAGCACACCGAGGCGGCCGCCUACCUGUCCUGCCAGCUGCACGCGGCGCGCCAGAGACUGCAGGCCCCGCGGCCCGGCGCCGGCACCGAGCCCCGGCCCCGCCGCCGCGCGCCCCGGGCCCGUCGCCCUCCCGCCGCCGCCCCCGUGGCCGAGGCCGCCGCCAAGGGCCCGGGCCCGGGCCGGGACUGGGCUGCCUGGGACCGCGCGGCCGGCGACCCCGACGACCCCGACGCCAUGCCCGACCCCGCGCUCUUCCUCUACGCUCGGAGGCCGCCGCGGCCCGGCGCACGCAGCGCGCGCCAGCCGCCUCCCCAGGAGCCCCCGGAUCCAGCCGGCCCGCAGCCCGGGCCCUGCCGGAGCCCCUCGGAGGUGCCCCGGAGCCCCGGUGCGCCCGAGGACUCGGAGUAGGCCCCAGGCCCGCGGAACGGGGCGUGCAGGGGAGGCCGGCGCGGACCCGGGUUAGGGGUGCAGGGCGCGGCGGAGGCGACCCUAGCUCCCCCGCCGUGGAUCGGAACCCCUCCGGCUUUUGUAUCUCCCGACGUUCCCGAAGCUUCGAGAGCCCCUUCCCGCGAGGCUGCACCUCCUCGCGGCCAGGCCAAUGCACUUUUUUCGUGGCGAGGUCUCGCCUGCCCUCCUUAUCUGCUCCCCAGCCUGCCGCUGGGGUGGGGUUGAGGGGCCUGGCACGGCCUUCCCCGGGCACGCUGACAAUCUGAAGGCGGGAGAGGAGGCUGAGACGCCCAAUGGCACC